GGUAUGUCAAAAAAUCAAUCAUUUCAACUGUCCUCGUCGUGAAUUGAAGCCAUCCAUUCUUUUGCAUACACGGGUAUUCAUCGUCAACCAGCCAUGUCUUCACCUCCUCCUCUCGAUGUUCCCCGCGAUGGUCCGAGUCCCGACGUCCGUCCGGACAAAGACCCUGCACAGUUAACGAUUGAGGAAUUCCGACGUUGUUUCCUCCAUGGCUCAAUCACCCCCUGGGACCACAAUCAAUACCUCCGCGCUGCUUACAUCACGCUUCUCGAACCGGACAACCAGGAACGUGGCCUCCUUGACGUAGCAACCAAAUUUGCAGGGAGGGUGAACAGUUUCAACCAGCGGAACUCUGAAGUUCAACGUGAGCCAGAAUCGAGGACACUGACCGUUUUCUGGCUCUACCACAUCAGGUUGGCCAUGAAAGUAACACGCGCCUACCAGAUGAAUUAUGACGAGUAUUACAACUUCAAACGUCUCUUGCACUACAUUCCGGAGAUGGUGGAUGAGGACUUGGCUACCGCCUAUUACAGUCCGGACAUCUUGGAGUCGGAGUACAGCAAGAAGUUCUGGAUACUGCCGAAUCUGCGUCAACUCAUCGAGCCAAUCGAGUACCCGGAUCUCUCGUUCCGCGAGCGCUUCAUAAAGAAGGACCCGGAGGACCCCGAGCGUCUGCUCCGAUUUGCUUUUGACGUGGUACGGAGGUAUCUCCGCCCAGGCGAAACCCGUCGCCGCAGUUGGUUUAUCAACCUGGCCUUUGCUGCGUUACAGCAACAGACAAUUCGACUCCGGUCCAUGCGGCCGCAGGUCUCGCCCUACUCGGAGACGCAGUCAUAUUUUUAUCUUCAACUGGUGCACGCUGCGCUAUCGCAGCUCCUGGUGACCGGCGACGCUCAGCUCAUUCAGGACCUCAGCUAUCCCCAGUUUCAGGACACCUUUCACAUCCUACCGUCAGCGUGGGACACCUACUACAGCGCGCCCCUGUGGGACAGCCUGAAAUCCCGCGCGAGCUUCGUCCCCCCCGACCUGAGGCCACUCCCAGACACCAUCCAACCCCCAGAAGUCUGGACCGGAUCCCCCGACCGCAACGCUAGAGCGCGCUUCCACCACCUCGGCCUCAUCCCCGAACUGCCCUCCCUCGAAACCCUCCACUUCCACCAAGCCAUCCUCCUCGAAACCGCCAAAGCCCUCCCCACCACCACCACCACCACCACCACCACCACCAUCCCCCCAUCCGCCGUCACCACCCACGCCCACCUCCUCAAAUACAUCCACACCCACCUCAUCCUCCCGCCCCUCCCCGCAGACAACAACCCACCCCCCACCCUCCUCACCCACCACCGCCACCUGCUCACAACCCACUCCCUCCUCCCCAAGAAACACAUCACCUACUACCUCUCCAUCCUGCGCACCCUCCAGCCGCCGUACACCCCGCCGCCGCCGGUCCGCUACCAUAACUGCCCCUGUCACGCGAAUGUGCCUAUACCCUGGGGGUUUAGCCCCGACGCCGUCGACGCGUCGCGCGUGCAUGAGCAGCGGCAGCGGCAGCAGCGGGUGUUUCAUGGAGGAGGUAAUUUCAUAUAUCGCGAGCAUUCCAAAUAUUACCACUCGUCCGUCCGUCCGGGGCAGUAUCUCGAACGUGGUAAUCAUUACCUCGCAUAA